AUGCCUGGUAGAAUAUUUAUUGCCUUAUCAAUGAUAUUCAGUUUAACAUCUUUUGGUAUAUAUGCUUAUGAAGCAACAAUGUGGCCAUCAGAAAUUGAAAAAUGUGGUCAUAAAGGUCGACGAUUUCGUUUAUUAGAUUUUACAAUGAAUAUUUUCUUUCUAUUACAUUUCAUAGUUCGAUUAAUUGCAUCCAGUGAUGUUUUAUUAUUUUGGAUUGAAUGGUAUUCUAUAUUAGAUUAUUUAACUGUUCCUCCAACAAUAUUUGGAUUUUUCAUUAAAAGAACAUGGAUUGGAUUUCGUUUUGUACGUAUUUUUCGUCUAUGUAAUCUACCUGAAGUAUUAAACAAUUUGAAUGUGAUAAAAUCUGCAUCUAGUUUACGUAUGUGUCAAUUGUGUACAUUAUUUAUAUCCAUAUGGUUUGCUGGUGCUGGAUGUUUUAGUUUAUUUGAGAAUACUGGAAAUUUUUUUGGAUCUAAUACAUAUAAUGUUAGCCAACAUUUACCAUAUACAGCUUCAUUAUAUUAUAUUAUUGUAACAAUGUCAACUGUUGGUUAUGGAGAUAUUGUACCACAAACUUAUAUGGGUAGAGUUUUUAUUUCAUUGUUUAUUCUAUUCGCUUUGGCUACAUUUGCUAGUGCUAUUCCAGAAAUAGUUGAUAUGUUUUUUAAUGUAAGUAAAUAUUCUGGUGUUUAUCAAAAACCAGAAGGAAAAUCACAUAUUGUUGUAUGUGGUGAUAUAACAACAGAUUCUGUAAGAACAUUUUUAAAUGAUUUUUUACAUGAAGACAGACAACGUUCAGAUGUUGAAGUUGUUUUUAUCAAUCGAUCAAAACCGGAUUUACAAUUGGAGAAUUUACUACGAUUACAUUUUUUAAGAGUAAAAUAUUUUAGGGGUACUGUCAUGGAUCAUAAUGAUCUUCAACGUGUCAAGAUGGAAAGUGCUGAUGCAUGCCUAAUAUUAGCCUCUGCAACAACCAAAGAUCCAUAUCAGACUGAUGCAGCAAAUAUCAUGCGUGUUAUAGCUGUAAAGAAUUUUGCUAGUCAUAUCAGAAUUAUUGUUCAAUUGCUUCAAACUGAAAAUAAGGCUUAUCUAUUAAAUAGUCCAUAUUGGAAUUGGGAAUGUGGUGAUGAGAUUAUUUGUUUUAGUGAAUUAAAAUUAGGUUUUUUAGCACAAAGUUGUAUAGCUCCAGGAUUUUCAACCUUAUUAACUAAUUUAUUUACAAUGCAUUCUAUAAAAGGAUUAAAAGAAGCGGCAAAAUUUACAAAAAAUUAUAUAAAUUCAUAUCAUCAUUCUAAAACUAUGCAUCAUUUCAAUUCAAAUCCAUAUUCUAAAGUUGUUUUAAAUCAAUCUCAAACAUCAUCUAAUCCACUUUCAUUUAAUAAAGAAAGAAGAAAAACAAAAUGGUUUAUUCAAUUACCAAAUAUAAUUAAAUCAUUAUUUAAAUCAAAUCAAAAUGAACAAUUCAAAAUGAUACAUAAUACAGUUCCAUCAAUACAAUAUUCUAUGGAUCCUAUCACAUCUACAAUAUUGGAUCCAGAAUCAUCAUUAUUAUUAUUAGAUUCAAAUAAUUGGGUUCAUAAUUAUUUACAUGGUGCUAGUAUGGAAAUAUAUUCAGCUAAAUUUUCUAUAACAUUUAAUGGUUUACAAUUUACUGAAGCGGCUAUUAUUUGUCGAAAAUAUUUAGAUCUUUUAUUAAUUGCUGUUGUAGCUAAAAUGAAUAAAAAUAUAGAUAGACAAUCAUUAAAUAGAAUAUCGAAAAAUUCACUUAGCAACAACAAUAAUCAUAGUAACAUUGAUAAUAAUAACUCACAUCAUGAUAACGAUCAUGAUGACGACGACGACGACGAUGAUGAUGAUGAUGAUAAUGAACAUGUCAAUAAUACUAAAUACUAUUUAGCUGUUUCACCAACUCUAGAUCAAAAUGUUAUUAUUAAUCAAGGAACUAUUGGUUUCUUUAUAUGUGAUUCACAAGAGAAUGCAAAUAAAGUUUUAUAUUAUUGUACAACUUGUCAUAUGGAUAAUUUAUCACCAUCUAAUAUUAAAUCUUGUACAUGUCAACAAAAAUUACAUAAAUCUAAUUCCCAUUUAAAACUAAGCAGAUUAUCAUCAUUAAUAAUACCAGAAUUAAUAGAAGAAUCUGAAACGAUACCAAAUCUACCAUCAUCAUCAUCAUCAUCAUCAUUAUUAUUAUUACAUAAUAAACAAAUAAGUCAAACAGAUAAAGAUAUGCCUGUCAUAAUGGAUAAAGAUUUCAAUGAAUCUCAUACAAAAUCUAAAACAUUAUCAAGUAGAAAUAGUUUACAUUCAGCUUAUGAUACAGAAGAACAUUAUUCAAAUGUCAAUGAAAAUCAACCUAGAAGAUCAAGUGAUACAGAGGUUCAUUUAAAAACUCAUACAGAUCAAUUCACUUAUGAAUUUGAUAUUACAGGUAUGUAUUAUUAUUGUGAUCGGCAAGGAUUUGAAGAUAAUCUAAUUACCACAAAUUCAUCUCAUAAACAAUCACAUGAUCUAUACAAUCACAUUCUAGUGUGCAUUCUAGCUGAACCAGAUGCUCCACUGCUAGGUCUGCAUUCAUUUGUUAUGCCAUUAAGAGCAAGCAAUUUCCAUCCUAAUCAAUUAAGAACUAUUCUGUUUCUAGGUGACAUAAAAUUUCUACAAAGAGAGUGGUCGAAUAUAGCGAAUUUCCCAAAAGUUUACACACUUGCCGGUAGUGCAUUAUCUAGAGCUGAUCUACGAGCUGCACGCAUACAAUAUUCAUCAGUUUGCGUCAUAUUAGGAUCAAGAGGUACAGUGAAGGUUGACGAUCCAUAUAUGUUGGAUAAGGAAGUGAUCUUGUGUACAUUGAAUAUUAGAGCAAUGCAAUUUUCUCCUUAUCAUCGUCAUAAAACAUUUGUACAUAAUGUUCAUAAACGUCGGAGCGGUUCGGAGAUUCCAUUGAUUACAGAAUUAAUGACAGACAAUAACAUACACUACUUAGAUCCAGAUCAUUCAGGUGGAUUACAGAUCGCGGCUUCAUUAACUGCACCAUUUGCUAAAGGCAUAGCAUUCACAAAUUCUGUUCUUGAUGUGUUGGCAAGUACAGCGUAUUUUGAUCGUAAUUCAAUGACACUAAUACGUCAUCUUGUGACUGGUGGUGUUACACCAGCUUUGGAACAGUGGUUAGCUGAAGGCGGCGGUCUAAUUGGUCAUGGUGACCGGUAUAAUAAAGGAAAAGCAUUAUCCACUAAAAGUAUUCAGACUACUAGAAAAGAUUGGUGUUUAUUUCCCGAUCUCCUUGAGACAAGACAAAGGCCGCGAAUUGAACAAAUCUCUUUAACUAAUUCUCGUUUAAUCAGGACUGAUAACAAUGGUAAAAUAACUUUAUUUCGUAAUUAUGGUGAUUUAUUUUGUCACGCUAUUCAACAACAUGGAAUUUUAUGUCUUGGCAUUUAUCGUUUAUCAUUCAACACAAAUAAUGGAUUAUCUCGUUUAGUUACAGUUCCAUGUACUAUUAAACCAAAAAUCAAUUCCACUGAUGAGUCAAUUCAAAUGAGAGAAACUAAUAGCCAAGCAAAUUGUCAAAAUAACGAUAAACAAUUUGCAAAAUUACAUAGACGAUUAAGUACAUGUGGAUUACCUGUAGAUAGAGUACUACGUAAGCAUUCACUACAGUUAAAUAGGAAAUCACUCAGUAUUGAGGAUACCUUACAACGACAACAACAACAACAACACGAUAAUCGAACACUAAAUAAGAAUACUUUCUUGGAUUUCAUUGACCAACAUUUUAAUAAAUUCGGAUUAAAUCGUUAUGUAAUAUCAAAUCCACCGAAUCAAUUUGAACUUUAUCCAACAGAUGUAAUAUUUUGCUUAUGUCCAUUUGAAAGUGAACGGAUGUAA